CUGGCACUAGGCUUGGGACUAGUGCGAAGGUAUUGGAGAAGAUGAUGAACGGGAACUUGAACGCGAAAAUGCGAGCGGGGUGGUUGGCUGCGCUGAUGGCUAGUGUUCCUUGGUUCGACGGAGGGGAAGGGGGCGGGGGAUUGGGUGUGGGGGUAGGGAUAGUUAGAGCGCAGUCGCAAUGUCCGGAUUAUACGACCUUUGCUCAAACACCACAAGGCAACGCCUCCUCUGGACCUCUCGCACUUCCGUAUAUGCGUCCCACUCCCGAAUGUAGGACGUUCAAUAGUUCGUCUGUUGAACGUGUUAUUGGGGAUAUGAAGGAGAGGUUGAAGGAUCCUGAUUUGGCGAGGUUGUUUGAGAAUACGUUCCCGAAUACUUUGGAUACGACUGUGAAGUAUUUCAAUGCUACUGAGAACACCGCGUUUAUUAUUACCGGGGACAUCACCGCCCAAUGGCUACGGGACACGGCUAAUCAGUUCGCACAUUAUCAUUCCCUACUUGGAGAGGACAAGGAUCUAGCUACGUUAGUCAAGGCUGUUAUCCACAACGAGGCAAGAUACAUUUCUCAGUAUCCCUAUUGUGGUGCUUUCCAGCCUCCUCCGGAAAGUGGGCUGCAGCCUACGGUUAAUGAUUGGGCUAUUGGUGUGACUGUUAACCCACCUGUGGAUAACACCACGGUGUUUGAGUGCAAGUAUGAAAUCGACUCGCUAUGCGGGUUCCUCAAGCUUUCGAGAUCGUACUACUCGGCAACGAAUGACUCGUCCUUCCUCGACACCGAAUGGUUAACGGCAAUCUCACAAAUCUUCCGCGUCAUCGACGAACAAUCACAAGCAUCAUGGGACGAUGACUUCAACUUCAUCUCGUUCUAUAACUGGACAGGCGGGAACGGUGCUCUGAGUCCUGCGGUUAAUAAUGCUGGGAACGGGGAGCCGAAGGGGUAUACGGGUCUUGUGGGGACGCAUCAUCGACCGAGUGAUGAUUUGAGUACUUUUGCGUUCUUGACACCGGCAAACGCGAUGCUUUCCGUCGAGCUAACGAACCUUGCGGAUAUCCUCGACUCAGCUAACCAGUUCUCGAAUAUUUCGACGCUUGCGCGGAACGUCAGUGCGAGGGUUAAUGCGGCUAUUUGGAAUACUACGGUUGAGAAUAAUAUCUUUGCGUAUGAGACGAAUGGUCUUGGUUCUCGAUAUGUUAUGGACGAUGCGAACGUUCCUUCUCUUCUCUCACUACCGUACCUUGGAUUCCUGAAUAAAACGGAUCCGGCGUACGUUGCUACCCGUCAAGUCCUCCUAUCACGUCAAAAUCCAUACUUCGCGAAGGGGCCGAGUUUUUUUGGCAUCGGUGGGCCGCACGUUGAUGCUUGGCAUCCUUGGCCCAUGUCUCUUAUUUCAUCUAUCUACGGAACGGACGAUGACGACGAGAUCUUGAAUGCAUUGUAUACCAUUGCCAACAACACAAACGGCCUAGGCCUAAUCCACGAAUCCAUCAACAUCCACAACGGGAGCGAUUACACGCGACCCUGGUUCGCAUGGGUCAAUAGCUACUUCGCUGAGAUGUUGCUCGACCUUGCACAGAGGAAGCCUGGGUUGAUAUUUAAGACGAAUGAGAGUUAUGUUCCUGGGAGGAGUUAGAUUUGGUUCUUUCAUCUUCAUAUUUGA